AUGGCCAACACGGUAGCAACACGAAGUCCCCCGAGUCGGCGCACGCCCUCGUCGCCCUCGCCGACGCCGACUUCGAACAUCACUAGGGGUGCUACAGCUCGCUCAGCAGCGUCUACACGAACGCCGUCUUCUCUGAGUUCCAAUUCAGCUCGACGGGCCUCAAUCAAAGCACCCUCAUCGCCGGUCGUGAAUGGGGAGACAAGGGAAUCUCUUUCUGCUGCAUUGAAGCAAGAGACUGAGCAGAGAGAACAGCUACUGGUGAAAUUGCAGGACAAGGACCAGACGAUCACAAAUUUAGGCGCAGAGAUAGAAAGUCUUACCUCCGUACUGCAUGCAGCCGAAACGCGUCUUAACGAAUUGUACGCUGAGCAAUCUCGCUCCGAGGCUGAACUGGUUCAGCAUAUGGACGUUGCAGAGAAAUUGCGCGCCCAGGUACGCGAACUAGAGAAGGAAAAGCGAGAUUUGCAGCGUCGGUAUAAUGAACAGACUGCCACAUUUGAGGCCGAGCGCCAGGCGUUCUAUGACAACGAACAGCAUCUCAAAUCUCGGAUACAGUCCUUGAUGCAGGCGCGUAAAAGGCCGGACCCUGAACCAGAGCCAGAACCCAUACCCGAGGAAGAGGAGGAAGAAUCUAUCCCAACUGUCAAAGAAGUAGAACCUAGGCAGGACUUUAAUGAUCCGGAGGCAGAGCCAGCAGAGAUGACUUCAAUGAGGCUUGAACUUUCGACGCUCUCGACAUCGUAUACGUCUCUCCAGAGCACUCUAGUUCUUCUCCAAUCACAGCUAGUUGAUUUGAAACGAGUCAAUAACGAACUGCAGGAGGACAAUGAGGGUUACAUGAUUCUCCUACGGGAGAGGACACUUAGCGGGCAAUUCAACUUGAUGCGCCAAGUUGGCGGGGGAUCUGACAGCAACGACGACGAUGACCGCGAAGAACUUGAAGGCAAUGACGAUCGGAGCUUGCACAGCACGGGUAGAAGUACCCUUAAUCCAGUCGACGAGGAACCAGAAGAGGAGCUCGAACACGACCUCGACAGGGACUUAUCUACCGCACAGCAUCCUGGCCGUCUACCAGGCCGCACAGGUCGUCGACGCGGCACCUCUGACUCUUCUGAUCGACGCCCACCCGGCGAAUCACUGGCCGACCUCCCCAUCACUGGACCCGGACUCGAUCUUGCCGCCGAACUUGGCCGCGCUGAGAACAAGGACCUGCUGGAAGACAAUCAGCUGGAUGACCAGCGCCCGCUUGGCAAGGCGAAACGAAACAAGAAGGGCACGGAUAGUAGAAAGGUGUCCGCCUCAGAGAGCGGCGGCUUGAUGUCGCCUAGCGAGGUUGAGUCACUACGAACCGAAGUGAAGUCUCUCAAGGAUGCGAACAAGGCCCUUUCAUUGUAUGCAUCCAAGAUCAUCGAUCGCAUCGUUUCUCAAGGGGGCUUCGAGCGGGUCCUUGCUGUUGAUUAUGAUGAAGCUUCGCCUACUCCCGUCGCCACCACAAUGCCAGCCUCCAUACCAAACUCGCCUGCUCCGGCCAAAGCCGCACCUAAGCCUCGGCCCCAGUCCGCCAUUAUCGGCCGCUCGUCCUCCAAUCCCACACCAUCCUCCGGUGAAGGCCACUCUCCAUCAUUCCCUCAUGUGCCGAAGCUAGACCCAAAGCCACCGGCUACCGGUGCGAAAGCGCAACGGCGUUCUAUGUCUUUCGAUUGGAAGAACUUCUCCCUUUUCAGUGCUGAGAAGAAGCCCGAAAAUUCCGCUUUGCGUCCACUAACCUUGAAGCCCGGUGCUAGCCCAGUGACUGGGGCAAGAAAGCUUGAUACACACGAAGACGAGGAUGACAGGAAGGAGCGCGAACGUUUGAAUGCAACAAUGAAGCUUAUGGGGAUUCAGCCAUCCCCUUCCCCUGUUGUCCCUCCGAGCCCUGUACUCCCUCCCGCAUCAAAUCCUGCUACUGCAAGUGCGAAUCCUAAUCGAAGGUUCUCAUUGUUCGGCUUUGGGUCAUCUGUGGACAAUUCGGAUGCCUCAUCCGCAAAGUCGACGCCUUCGUUGCAUGGCCCGUCAUCUUCAUCCGUUGGUCUCGGUAUUGGGAACACUCCCAACUUGACGCAAGAAGCUUUGGAGCAAGCUGAAGCUGUUAACAGUUUAGCUGCUUUGGACGCUCAGGAGCGUCAGCUUAGUGCAGAUAUGGCGCGUGGAAAUAGCGGUGGCUUCACGGAGAUAGUUCCUCGAAGUGGAAGACGAAGCCGUCGAAGUGCUGGUGGAAGUGGAAGCGGCAGCACCGUUUGGAGCGCGGGGAUGGGACGCGAAGAAGGGGAUGAUUCAUAA